CUGGAAUACCUGUUUGUUGCUCUAGUUUUUUGCGUGGAUCCCCAUUUGCUGCCGUUGUGCCAAGUGGCUCCAUUUCUGCUAACAGAGACAGGAGUCUCCCAAUCAUUUUGUAUGUUAAGGGCUGGAUUUAACGGAGUCCGUUUGGCCGUUGGAGGAACGGGAAGGUGUGAAACUGCCUGAGUGGGAAGCCGCUCGUAUUUGGAUGGUGCAAUGGAUUUACUGAAAGAACUGAAAAAUAUGCCUAUGACUUUGGACUUAUUGCAGUCCACCCGCAUCGGGAUGUCAGUAAACGCCCUGAGAAAGCAGAGCACAGAUGAAGAAGUGAUAUCGCUUGCCAAAUCCCUCAUCAAAUCUUGGAAGAAACUUCUAGAUGCUUCUGAGGAAAAAAGCGAGGAGAAAAAGAGGAGCCUGUCUUUGCCAACAUCUUCCUCGAAGGAGACUGGUAACUCAAGAGACCACAGCUCCACCAAAAGGCAGGAGCCUCCGAAGACUCCGACCACCCCCAAAAUCACCACCUUCCCCCCAGCGCCCGUCACCUGCGACGCUGUCCGCAACAAAUGCAGAGAAAUGCUGACAACAGCUCUACAGGCUGAUGACGACUAUAUUGCCAUUGGCGCCGACUGUGAGCACAUAGCAGCCCAGAUUGAAGAAUGCAUAUACCAAGACGUCAAGAACACCGACAUGAAAUACAAAAACCGAGUGAGGAGCCGCAUCUCGAAUCUGAAGGACUCUAAAAAUCCUGAGCUGAAAAAGAACGUGCUGUGUGGGGCCAUUACCCCCGAGCAGAUCGCGGUGAUGACCUCGGAGGAAAUGGCCAGUAAUGAGCUGAAAGAGAUCAGGAAAGCCAUGACGAAAGAAGCAAUCCGGGAACAUCAGAUGGCCAAGACAGGAGGGACGCAGACUGACCUCUUCACCUGUGGGAAGUGCAAGAAGAAGAACUGCACCUACACCCAGGUGCAGACCCGCAGCUCCGAUGAGCCCAUGACCACCUUCGUCGUGUGCAACGAGUGUGGGAAUCGCUGGAAGUUCUGCUGAUAUGUGCCAUGGCCCACGAGCGGCAGCCAAACGCAGACCCGAGCGCAGCCUCCAUCCGCCGGCUCCCACGGCCAUUGUGUUUUGUGUCCCGAGUGAGUUUGCAUUGUCACGCGCGGCGAGCAGCCGCGGGGAGGCCCUGCCUCUCCGCGUGGGCCCCCGUGGAGAGCCACAGCUGUGGGCUGGCAGGUUGGCAGGAGAGCUCACUAAACACACGUUAGUCGUUUAUUUUCUCAUCUAAGUACGGUCACUUUUUCUUCGAAACUAAUAUUAAACAUUUUUUUGUCAGUUUCCGACUUUUACUUGAA